GAAAGAGCUAGCGAGCUACUCAACAAGGCAGUAGCAGCGUUCUGCAGCGACUUUUGCCGAUCCGCAUCCAACAUCAACCGGGGGGCAACGGACGACGUUGAAAAACCUGUCAGAUUACGCACAUAAAUGAUCCUAUGGAUUACUAAUACACUUUCGUCGAAAAACAGAAGUGUUUCUCAACUUGACUGCGUAGACACUGAUUUGUUACACUGGUCACCAAGAGGACUCAUAGAGAGAUGAAGACUCUGGAGGAGCCCCCCUACUUGACAGUAGGGACGGAUGUGAGCGCCAAGUACCGAGGGGCUUUCUGUGAGGCCAAGAUUAAGACUGCCAAGAGGCUAGUGAAGGCCAAGGUGACCUUUAAACCAGAUCUGUCCACGGCUGAGGUUCAUGAUGAACACAUCAAAGGACCUCUAAAGGUGGGUGCUGUCGUAGAAGUGAAGAAUCAGGACGGGGUGUAUCAGGAGGCCACCAUCAAUAAGCUGACAGACGCUAGUAUAUAUACUGUUGUGUUUGACGAUGGCGAUGAGAAGACCCUCAGGCGUUCCUCUCUCUGCCUGAAAGGAGCACGUCACUUUGCAGAGAGCGAGACGCUCGAUAGGCUCCCUCUCACCAACCCUGAGCACUUCGGCACGCCUGUCAUUGGCAAGAAGGGCAACCGCGGCCGGCGAUCCAACCCAGUUCAAGAGGAAGAGUCAUCGUCCUCGUCCAGUGAAGAAGAGGAGAGCGAUCAGCGGCAGAAUGAGGAUCUAUUUGGCAAAGUGGUGUGUGUGGAGGGGGUCAUCACCGGGGACAAAAAGAAAACCACGUGGUAUCCUGCACUGGUCAUCUCCCCGGACUGCCAUGAAGAUGUGACUAUGAAGAAGGACAACAUUUUUGUUCGUUCAUUCAAGGAUGGGAAAUUUUACAUGGUGCUGCGGAAGGACAUUUGUGAGAUGAACAGUGAUUCUCCUCCUAAGGCCGACGCAGGGCUCAAACCAGCACUGGAUGCAGCCUUGGAGUUCCAGCGGCAGUUGGCGGUGCCGAGCACCUGGAGGACAGAGGUGAAAGAAGAGAGCUCGAGCAGUGAAGACGAUGAUGAGGAGGAAGAGGAGGAGCAGGAAGAGGAUGCUAGCAGUGAAGAGGAGGAGGAGGAAGUGGAGCCGUUCCCAGAGGAAAGGGAGAACUUCCUGCAGCAGCUGUACAAGUUCAUGGAGGACAGAGGAACUCCAAUCAACAAGCGGCCUGUACUGGGCUACAGGAACCUCAACCUCUUCAAGCUCUACAGGCUCGUGCACAAACUGGGAGGCUUUGACAACAUUGAAAGUGGCUCAGUUUGGAAGCAAGUCUACCAGGAUCUGGGAAUCCCUGUGCUCAACUCAGCCGCCGGCUACAAUGUCAAAUGUGCUUACCGCAAGUACUUGUAUGGUUUCGAGGAGUACUGCACCUCCACCGCCAUCACCUUCAGGAUGGACCUCCCUCUGAAGCAGGCUCCCAAGGCGGAUGUUAAGCCUGAGGUGGAGUCAGAAAGCACCGCCCCUGCAGCCUCCAGUUCUGCGGAGGAUCAGAAGACCCACCUUGAUGGAGAGCCUUGCAGUGUCCAGCCUGCAGCCUGCAAGGAGGAGAAGAGUGACUCAGCGAGGAGCGUAACAGAGCCCGAGUCAUCAAAGCCUGAGCGAAAAGAUGGCGGCAACAAUGACGUUGACGACGAUGAAGAUGAGGACGACAGUCCCCGCAAAGGAGAUGCAGACGAGGGCACAUCGAUGGCUCGCCUCGGAGCUGAGAACAUGAAUCAGGAGCCGGAGGAAGAGCGGGAGGACAAGGACAACUCUGGGGAUGACAGCAGUCAGGAGGGGGAGGAAGGGGAGGAGUUUGAGUGUUACCCCCCGGGGAUGAAGGUGCAGGUGAGGUAUGGGCGAGGCCGCAAUCUGAAGACGUACGAGGCCACUGUGAAAGAGGCAGACGUGGAGGGGGGAGAGGUGCUCUACCUGGUGCACUACUGUGGCUGGAACGUCAGAUAUGAUGAAUGGAUCAAGGCAGACAAGAUUGUUCGCCCAGCCAAUAAGAAUGUACCAAAAAUAAAGCAUCGCAAAAAAAUAAAGAACAAAGCAGAGAGGGAGCGAGACAGGUUGGAGAGGCUCAGCGAAAGAGAAGACCUCGGCCCUUCACCCAACAAUAACCGUGUCCCACGCUCCAAAUGUGGCCUGGGCCAGGAUGUCUUUUCCAAGAUGGAGGAGGGUGAGGACAAAGGGACUCAGCAGUCUCCAGUCAAGUCUAUAGAAAUUACUUCUAUCCUCAAUGGCCUGCAAGCCUCUGAGAUUUCCACAGAUGAAAGUGAGCACGAGGAUGAGGAAGGGGAGCAUAAUGAAGACGAUCGUCCAGGUUGCCGUAGCAGCCUCAGAAAAGGCCCACCAGAACCUCCACAGACAUCGGAGCGUUGGGAGGGCGGGACCCCUCCUGAAGGAUCGAAACCUCCUUCAGUCUCAGGAAAGAGCCAAGAUCCAAUCAGUCCAGAGGCUUCAGAGGCAGGGAAGCGCCGAAACCAAGCAGAGGUAGAGGGAGAAGCAAGCACUAGGAAGAGGAAAUCUGAGGUUGCAGCAGAGAGGACCCCUAAAGGCCAAUCCAAAGCCAAGACCAGGAACACCAGGAGUGCAGACUGGCUACCUGGAGGCUCUCCCAGGAAGCUAGAGGAGAGAGGAGCCGGUGCUGGGGAGGAGAGGGCAGCCUCAUCCAGCAGCAGCUCAGAAGAUGAAGGAGCAGCACUUGCCGAGUCCCAGGCUGAGGGAGGUGAGCGAAGCCGCCCAAAAAGCAAAGCUUCCCCUUCAAAGAAGUACAACGGGAUGAAGGAGAAAAACAAAACAGCCCGACCUGCUGGCUUCUGGGAGAUCCCUGAAAAGAGAGUUAAAAUGGCUGGGAGUGCAGAGGAAAGGCCUGCUGUCCGUACAAAGGGCCAGAAGGAUGUGUGGUCUAGCAUCCAGGCCCAGUGGCCCAAGAAGACCCUGAAAGAGCUGUUCUCUGACUCGGACACGGAGGCUGCCACAUCUCCUCCCCCAACCGUGUCGUCAGGCCUGGAGGAGCCCAGAGUAGAGCAGGACGCUGGGCCUGAGGACGAAGCAUCAGAGGAGCAGAUGGACAAUGACAAAUUGCAGGAGUUUCCCAGCAGUGGCAGUAACUCUGUACUCAACACACCCCCGACAACGCCCGAGUCCCCUUCAAUGGGGGGUAGUACCAUGGAAGACUCUGGCCAAGCACCACCUUCCUCCCCUCCACCGUCCAUAGCACCUGCCUUGCCUUCAGAGCCGGCUUCUGCCACCCUUCCACCAGGACCCAUACAGGAUGAAGGUGCGGGUGUGCGCAGUGAGACAGACAGCAGCACAGUGGAGGUGGAGAGUCUGGGUGGGGAGCUGCAAGACCUCCCUCAGGACGAAGGGGCAGGAUCCCCCUCUAAAGCCUUCGACGCCAGCCUUUCCUGCAACAGCAACAGCAACUGCAGCCUAGAGCUGAGCAGCAGCAGCCAACAGGAGAGUGAACAGAAGUCAAAAGCAUCUGCGAGUCAGAAGCGACAAAAAGAAUCACAGACAGGUGGAGCCUCAAAGAAACACAAGCCAAACCGCAAGAGCCUAGGUGUGCCUCCCAAAAAGAAUAGGAAAACAGCCAACAGCAGUGACAGUGAGGAUCAGUCUGUUGUUGAGGGCACUGCCAAAUCACCUGCCUCCAAAAACAACUCAGCAGACGUGAAGGCAGCCAUUUCGCCCAAGUGCCCUGGGCGAACUCCACCUUCGAGCCAUAAGUACCACAAACAGGGUGACCCCGACCACGCCCAUCACCGCGAACACCACGGGAGAACGCCACGUGUCUAUAAGUGGAGCUUCCAGAUGUCGGACUUGGAGAAGAUGAGCAGCCUGGAAAGGAUUUCGUUUCUUCAGGAGAAGCUGCAGGACAUCAGGAACCACUACCUCUCCCUCAAAUCUGAGGUCGCCUCCAUCGACCGACGACGAAAACGCAUGAAGAAGAAAGAAAGGGAAAGCACGGUGGCUGCUUCCUCCUCCUCAUCCUCGUCAUCCUCCUCGCCGUCCUCCAGCUCACUGACGGCAGCAGUCAUGCUGACCUUGGCUGACCCGCCGGUGUCCUCCUCAUCCUCAUCCUCUCAGAACUCUGGGGUAUCGGUGGAGUGCAGGUGACAGGACGUCCCAGCAAGGAGCCACCGCACUAAGCACUUAACCAGCACCCUGGGCUCUCCAGCCCUGCUCCCUUCCAACAGGACAGACAAGUCAACCUACAUACUCUAACUACUGGGGCACAAAAACCAGACCAGAGACAAAAAUCAAGAAACAAGCACUAUUUUCUAUUGACAACUGUUUUCUUGGCAAGCUAAUGGCACUUAAGUGCACUUUUAUGAAGAUUGUGUAAGGGGAAGAAUUUGUCAAAAAAAAAAAAAAAAAAAAAGUACAAAAUUGUCUUUUGCGCUCUCCUUAAUUGAACAUUUAUAGGAAUUGUUUUUGCAAGCAAUAAUUGUUUCCAUUUGAUAAAGUUAUAUUAUUUUGGUUAGGGAUGAUUUCCAGUGAAGACCCCUCUGUGCUCUGUCCUCAUAGCCCAACGUGGCAAAGCCAGCGCUUUGCCGUUUCUUAUGGGGAAGUCAGAGGAACAGUGCCACGAUGGCAUUAAGGGCAUACUAAUUCUAACUUUGCCACGUUUCUCUGUCCACCCUCAUUACAAGGGCCUUCAUAUGGUGAAUAAACCUCAAAUGGUUGACUAUGCUCAUCCCAGGUACAGGGGCUCUCCUGUACAUGUUUGCAUUAGUUAAGAAGUGGUGAAGGAUAGUGUUUCAGAGGGUCCCAUGUCCACUGGCAGCCACAGUGGAUGAAUAUGGAAUGAUACUGUAGUGCCUUUUUGUUCUUUUUUACGGGGCACUUUGAGAAAGGACAGCACUUUUUCCUGGUCCUGUUCUCAAAUCAGAGGGGUCACCCAGAAUAAUGUGUCCCUUACAAAAGACUGAAGAAUACUGUAUGAAUGAGCAGGCGGUCAAAGGCUGUGUCUGACAGAUAUUGAUGGUUUUUAUCAGCAUAUGGUAAUAUUUAAAGAGAUAUGAUUGUAAAGGAUAAAACAGAACUCCUAUACUGGAUCACCUGUAAUCUACUACUGAAUAUUCAUCCAGCUUGGGUACAGCUGUUAGGUUUGGCAGUACAAAAUGUGCAAUGAUGGAGGUGGCAAAUGCAAUGGUUACAUUUUUUCAGUUGAUCAGCCUUUUUUAAAUGCCCAUCUGCUUUUUUUUUUUUUUUUUAAACAAAAUUAUGUUCUGAUUGCUUUUUUAAUCAACCAAUCAUGUUUUCCUUACUCAAGAUUUGGCCGUGUGUUUCUACAACUGGAUCAAUCACAGCUCGAAGGCAGCCAUGGGAGGUAAAUCCAUGUUUACCGUGGACCUCAGAGCAAGUGAAUGAAAUCGAGCGCGGAGUUUGCAGUGGUACACAGAACAUGCAGAGGCGGUUGCUUUCAUACAAGCGAGGCAAACUUUUUUUUUUUUGGCAUCUCUCCCACUUUUACUUCUGAUCAGUUCUGACAUGCCAGCUCUCAUCAUCUAUUUCAAACAAAGACUUCCUCUCAUACUCAUCCCUACCAAAUAUGUUUGGUUCUGUUUCAUGUACUAUGACCAGAUUAACGGUAAAGAUAUUGUAAAUGUGCAUUUAUAUCAUAAAGUGACGUAUGUGUAUACAUUUCUGAAGACAUCUCCAGUGUUUCCUUUGUAUAGACUCCCUACUGUAUGAUAACCUGAAGUUAUGUUUUGUUUGGCACUUGUAUGUAAUUGUAUGCUUUUGUUAUACAUUUGUAUAUUGAGAAGAGUGUUUGAGUCAAGCUAUUUAAUAUCUUGCACUGUUAAUAACAUGUACUUUUCUGUACAGACAGUUUUACGGUUUUAACUGUAGUUUGAGUGUAAAUACUGAGGGUAAAAGCAUGUCCGUUCCCCCCCUUGUCCUCAUUCUUGUUCUCUUGUAGGGACAGAUUUAUUUGCUUUCAUUUAUUUUGUUGUUUUGUUCUGCCGCUUUCAUAAAUUUCAAGGUUUUUUUUGUUUGUUUGUUUUUGUUGUUUUUGUUUUUGCUUUAUAAUUUUCUGUUUUCGGUUUAGUUUGUAUUUCGUUCUGUUUUCCUUUAGCUUGUGCUUGUAAGAGAAGAGUCGUGGUUUUGGAGGCGGCUGAACUAUUUUCCAACCUGUACAUGGGCUGUAGCUAAAGCUUUAUGGACCUGUAUGGAAACGGUCUGGAUCAUAGAGUAAGAGAUGGUGAUGGAGCUCGUUGAAAAAGGCUCAAUAGUAUUUAUUAGGCUCAUCUGAUGAUGGUCAUUGUGUAAUUUAUUGUACAAAUGUAAGCAAAACAGAAGCCUCUGUUUGAAAUAAAUGCCAUAGUUUGUGAAGUA